AUGAGCGAGACAAGGGAAGAAAACUACAAGAGCGGGUCGAAGGCAAAAUACCCGCAGUCACUGAUGAUGGACAUGUCAAGAUCGUACAUGAAUAGGCAAGACAGAAUCAACGCUCUGAAUCUGUACAUCCAGAAAUCAUCGUACAACCCCCAGCUUCUGCAAGACGAUGAGGAGGAGGAAGACGAAAGUGAGAGUGAAACACUGGGAGAUAUCAUCCUCAGAAUUUUGUCGAUAAUAUAUCCGGACCUCUCCCCAGGGUUAUGGUUCAUAAUUCAUUUUAUCAUGAAUUUGAUUGUUCUAUGUGUAAGUCUCAGUUCUUUAUCCGAGCCGAAUAUACACGAUCCGGUAGCGGAACCGAAAUAUAAUAGGACCUUCAUCUUUGGUAGCAUAUACUGUUGCUUCCUCAUCCUAGGCGUAAACAUAGCUUCUUUUACUCUCAUCAUGGUGUUUCAUGCGAUUAUUCAGAAGGUGUUUCUGGAAAAGCUUCUACAGCCAAGUGCCCUAUGCGCAGCUUUUUACAACACAGUAGACCCCGAGCUGGUGUACCUGUUAUGGUCAUCUGUUCAGAUCAUUUACUGGAGGAGUAACAUGAUUUUAAAAAAGGGAGCUCAAGAAAAUGAGAAUUAUUUUGUUCUUCGUAUUUUUGGAUACAAAGAUCAGGAUAACCCCUUCAUGUUUCUGAAUAGCAUCAGCUGGUUAAUCACCUUCCCGAUAUUGCUAUACAUUGUAUUUGCAGCCAGGUUGCUUUUCCUUUCUAUCAUAUCUUUUGUCUUCGAGUUGGGCUUCCUGAUGAAUGCCCAUGACCUGUUAGGGAAGUAUUUAUCCAAAUAUGGCAUUCUGCGCAAGUUUAACAUUGAAUGGUUUAUGUUCAUGGCAGACAAGCAGGAAAAUAUGAGAUCCCUCUUUGGCUAUGAAUUAUACCAGGACGAGAAGAUGAUCAGACAGUUAGAAACGAAUGACAUUAGUAAGAAUUUUGUCCAAGAUAAAGCUGAGUUGUUACUGUUUAAGAAUCUGCCUCGCAAUUGUACUUGCUGUAAAAUUGCUCUAAAUAGAAAUAAGAAAAAAAAUGCCAUGAAGCUCUUGGUCCCUCCAAUUUUUGAGGCAAAAAAUAUUGUAAAGACAGAAAAUUCUACCAUCAAAAAUUGGCUAGCUUGUCAUUAUGUUGUGAAUACAGCUCCGCUUAUUUUUCUUCUAAACAAUAGCAUUCCACUGAUUAAUAAAAAUUCAGUUAAAAUCGGUGGAGACAUACUUUUUAGGCAAAUUAUCAUGUCCUUGAAGAUGUAUUACCAGGAGAAGAACGACACGUAUGCCUUCACCGGAUCCGCCAUGCAUAUGUCUUCCGAUGAGUUCUCUCCUAAUAGGAAUUUGAUGACUCUGAAUCUGAACAGGGACUCUAAUUUAACUCCCCAGCAGGGUCCCAUCCCGUUCAGUCCCAAAAAUGUUGUGAAUAACUCCGACUCGGAAUCUAGAGCUAAGAAGAAAAUAAACUUGGAGAAUAUUUUCAACGACGUGGAUUUGGACGCCAUCCGCCUGGAAGCUGCGCAGGAGGAGCAGCGGAAGGAAGGAUCGGAUGGGGCGGCAAAUGACGCGACGAAGAACACGCCAUGGGAAGCGGUUGAGACAGGGCGCGAGACGACUGCUGCGCCCGGGAUUAGCGAGCCAAAACUUCUGGUCAAGGCGAAAAGUCGGGCCAAGCAGAGGCUCAAGGCAAAGCGCGGAUCCAGGAAUGGCAGCAGCGUGGCUCAAAGGAGAAGGGGUAAAUCGGGAGUGUUGGAACGGGGAGAGGCGGGUACACGUGACCUGGUGGAACAAUCCGGUGAGCGACACACCCAUGGGUUCAUUAGCGGGAGCUCCAUCCAAAAGGUGGAGAGGGGGACGUCCUCCUUCGUCAGUGACACGAUCGAAAUGAAGAAAGCGAGGAGGGAGAAGCAGCGAGGUGAGGCCUUGGAUGGUGUAACUUCAGGUGCUUCUCCCCGUGUGCAACAUAUUAGAAGUCUCAAAGUUACCGACGGGGGGAUCCAAAGGGGUCACCCAUCGGAUGGCGAACCGGAUGGCGAACCGCAAGACGGACGGGGUGUAAAUGCCGCGGCCCUGAGGAAGGACACCGUGUGGGAGAAUCUACAGAGAGAAACACCAAAUGGUGGUACGGGGGAGGGAGCGGCGAUUCUCCCCCUCGCUGCGAUCCGAGGAAAGGACGAGAUGGACGAGAAGGGUGAGGACCCAAACCUCAGGAGGAAAGAAACUUCCAUUUUGGAAGGCACUAAAUUCAACAUCUGCAUCACGCCGUCCCUGUCGGGGAUCCAGGAAAUGGCAAGCGAGAAGAAAGACUCCGUCGCAGGGACAAACGGUGGCGGCAAUGCGCUGUAUGACGAUUUGAAAGGCGCGGAGGAGGGGUCGUUUUACCCGCCGCUGGAGAACUACAACAGCAUGCAGGUGCAGAUAAAGGACUUCACUAUCGAGGACGUCCUGCAGAAGAAGUACACCACGGACUCGAUGCAUAAGUGCGAAAUGGGGCGAGGCCCCUCCGGAAAGGGGGCAUCGGUCGUGCAGGAAGUGGACAAUGCAGACGAGGAAAACGAUGCAGAGGAGCCGGGAGACGCAGACGAGGCAGACGAAGCCGAUGAGGCCACCCCUCCCGACUUCGAAGUAGAGAACGCGACGCGGCGGCUGGACAGUGAGCACACCGUGGGCGCGCCCCUGCAAAAUGGGCCAGCGAAGCGAAAUGCUACACUGAACAUCUCCAGCGACGAAAGCAAUAAGGACUCGUACACGAGAGAAGUGAAUUCAUCAUACCAGCUAUUCGGAGACAGGAAAAAAAAAACAAACAACAAAAUGAAGGAGUCGAUCAAAUUAAGCAGAAAAAUGAAAAACAACGGAUCUACAAACAAAAACACACAGUAUUACCAUUCGCGUCUCCUGAACGAAGAACUGAAUGUUCUGGAGAGAAGCGAUGCAAUCAAUGUAAAAAAACUGAAGGAGAAUAAAAAAGCAAAAUUGUGCUCAUGUCUAUGCUUUAAGAAAAAUAAAAAAGGACGAUUCAGCAGAAUAAAGAAAGACAUCUCUCUCGAAAUUGAAGAUCCCUUUGUUAUGAAUGUGAGGAGUCCAAUGCAGAUGACAAUAAACGGAAACGAAUUCAUAACAAAAGAAAUGAUCGAAGUUUUUCUCAAGCCAGAAGAGGCAGAAGAGUUCAUGAGGGAAUUUGAUUUGUCUGGACAUGGAAAAAUAGACAUGCUUAUGUUUAGAAAUGCAAUAAAGAGAGCAAUAUCAUGUCGAAAAAAAUUCAUAAAAAGUCUGAAGGGACAAGAAAGUAUUCUUAAAUUGGUUCGUCGAUUAAUGUCUAUUCUUCUUUCCUUCCUGGCAUCCGUCGUUCUCUUAUUCAUCUUCGGAGUUUCUGUCGACACCAUCAUUGUGACAGGAGCUGCAUUCAUAACUGCCGUGACGGUCAUUCUAAGCUAUAUGUACACAAGCUUUAUCACCUCUGUCAUUUUUAUCGCCUUCUCUAAUCCGUAUAAUAUAGGAGAUCGUAUAAGGCUUGAUGGAGGAGAAGCCAUGUACAUUAAGAAAAUCAAAACGUAUACAACCGAAUUUGAGACGACGACUGGAAAAAUUGUCAUUUAUGAAAAUUCAAAGCUCAGUAACGCCAAAAUUUACAAUGAAAGUAGGUCCAAAAAUGCCUAUAUAGAUAUAUCCUUCAAGGUGGAUAUUAAUACUCCUCUUCUUGCACUUAAGGAGCUCAGGAAGAGCUUACAGUUUUUGGUGGAUAGUAGACCUAGCGACUUUUGCAAAACGAAGAAUUUAUAUUUUGGGUACUCUCUACAGCCGGGUCAUUUCUACGAAAUCAGCUUUUGGAUAAAGUGCGUCGAAGGGUGGGGGAAUUGGAGGAAAGUAUUCGAGCUGCGGACCGACAUUUACGAUUUUAUCAUUUUGCAACUGAGGUUACUGAGUAUAUCUUACAGACUGCCGACGCAAAAGGUCGGGUUCACUGCGCCGCUGAACAUUAUGGACACGAGUAACUUGAAGGCGAACCGGAACAAGCCGUACGACUACUCCUGUCCUCCGAAGGAGAUCCGAAAUCCGCUCUUCAUGCCGUCCGCGAAGCAUAAGCGGGAGUUCGACUGGUCAGGCGAGGAGAGGCAAACUGGCGACCACCUACGGGAGGAAAUCCUGCCGCGCACGCAAAUCUGCUUGCCCAAUGACGGGGCACACCUGAGGAGUCCACUCGCUGGGGAUAUCCCGAUCCAUUUCUUCCUCACCGAAGGGGUGGACCGUCCCCUACUGCACAGGAGGAGAAGCAGAAACACCGAGCAGUGUGGAGCGGGGUGGGGUCAAAAUGGGGCAACUGAUCAAGAGGAGACGUGCAUUGACUCCAGUGGGUUGUUUCUGCCAAAGAGGAGAUCCCUUCUCGGGAAUCAGCUGCCUUAUGAAGAGAGUUACACACAUGGAGGGGGAGCCCCUGCCCAAGGAGGACUUACCAAGGGGGGUAACAACAUCGGAGUGGGGACACCACCUGUACCGUUUUGGAAGAAUCUCAAAGCGGGUCAUCCUGCCAUCCCAAUGAAGAAUAUGUCCAACAUGUGGGAUGACAGUGAGGACAGGAAUCCAAAACGAUGGCCACACGAACCAAUGGAUGACUGGGAAACACACCCAAGUGGCGAUUCAGACGGAGUGAAUCCCCAUUGUGGAACUACCUUCCUGUAUCAGCAGUACAAUAGUGAACAGCCUAACCAUAUGCUCUAUCCGCACAAUAUUUUCCACACCUCAGAACGGUCACAAGAAAUUAAAUAUGACGAGGGAGACGAAUACUCCUAUGAUAGCUCCUCUGGUUAUGACAGCUUCGAAUACGUAAAGCACUUUACAAAUCUUCACGAUGGAGUCCGCAGGGGGUUGCCCGUCAAAGGUGGCAGAAGCCUGGCGCGCAAAAGGGAUUGCAAUAAGAAAGACGAGUAG